AUGAAGAAAGGCGGAGGUGGCGGGCUGGUGGCCAGGACGCUGGACCGCCUGCUGCUCCGGAAUGUCGCACUGGCCUCCGCGCUGGUGCUGCUCGUCAACAUGGUCACGCGGAACCCGGACACUCUGAGCUCAGUGUUCGUGUCCUACCUCUGCAUCUCGCCCCUGACCCGCGCCGGAUUCACGAUGAGCAACAACCUCUUCCUCUCCAACCUCAUCGGGACUGUGAUUGGCACGUUGGUGACGGGCGUUGUCUACGUGGAGCCUGGAGCAGACGAGCAGUUGCUGUGGAUCAAAGUGCCGCUUGCGGUGUCGAUCACGCUCUACGCGUUGCUCGUCGUGCGGCGCUACAGUCCGGGCGACAUCUCGGGAGGCCUGUUCUCCGCUCUCUUCAUUCAAGUGAAGACGUUUGAGUACGAGCCGAUCGAAGACUACAUCGAGGAUCUGCCCCUGCCCAUAGUGACCCCACAACGCCACACAAAAUGGCAGCGCCACGAGGUGGUCAGCACGCUGGUGGUGCGCAUCAUCGCACUCUCCACGUCUGUCGUCUGCGCGUCGCUCGUCAACUUCCUCGUUUCCGGCGGGGCCAUCGAUCGCAUCUUCAAGGCCAGGCUGUACUUCACCGAGAAAAUGAUCCAGAAGGCGUUCAGCAGCAUCAGCGUCGUACCAACGAGCUUCAUCGCCCAGGAGUCCUUCCGACAGACCGUGGCCCUCAUUGAGAGGGAGUGGACGGCGACGCAGAAGACCAAGGACCUGCUCGGCACGAUCCAGCACCGCGCCGAGGCUGUGUUUCGCCUCCUCAACCUGCAAGUCACGCUCUGCCUUCUCUCCCGCGAACCCGGUGUGACCCACGAGGAGGAAGAGGCGUUGAGCACGCUGCUUCGGUACUCGCACGCCUGCAACCUGAUCGGUGACCACCUGACCCCACAACACAGCGGCUGUUUGACAGAUGGGCUGGCAAUCGAGGGGCUCAAGGAGCUGGCGGACAGCAAGACCGUGCCACCGACGGUGGUCCUCUUUGCGCGCAUGCUGCACUUGACCCUCGUAGAACUAGAGCGAACGAGUGUGGACUACCGACGAUCGCCACAUCCCCUGUGGUGGGACUGCAUUCUUUGUCGAUGUCUCCCCGCUGACGUCCCAUAG